AUAAUGGUUACGAAAUAAGAUGCACUACUCAAUUUAAAAAAACCUUUCAAUUUAGAAGUGCAGGAGUAGACAUUCCUAUCGACAUUUAAAUCGGAGUUACUACUUGUGCAUAUGGGAAAAGUUGAUAACUGCUCUGACGAUGUGUCUUUAGAGUUUUUAUUUAUUCUGCCAUGAUUUCUGUUUUAACGUUAAUGCUUUGUGUUAACAUUAGAGAAAUUGUCAGUGGUGAAAAUAAUACCUUUCCACCACCUUGUGAACCUUACAAUGGAACCCGUAGAGAUAAUAGGUUUAUUGGCUGUUAUGAAGCACCUACAUAUAAUGGAGCAGAUAGCCAGACACUGUUGAUAAGUAAUACGACAAGAGAGAUGUGUACACAGAAAUGUCUGGAGGAUGGAAAACCUUUCUCUGGAGUUGAGGGAGACGACAUAUGUAGAUGUAGUGAUUCUAUUGAAAUGUUGGAGGCAUAUGAUCUGGUGAUAAGAACAUCGAAUUAUGUACCAAAAUGUGAUGAUCACAGAACGUCGUCUUUGUAUCAUUCAGAUUAUGUUUUGAAUGUGACCCUCUGUGGGUAUCCAGGAUUUGAAAUAAUGCGGUCUUGUGCCGGUCUAACUGAGACCAGUCAGUGUAUACAGUUCUGUCGAAAUUUCACAGCCUUUGUUAUGAUGCAUGAUGAUGAUAUGAUGGCAUGUGCCUGUUCAAAUGAAGACAUGGAAAGUCUCACAAUGCCAGCAACUAACGACUUUAAUCGAGCCUGCUCUCAAAAAGCAAUCGGAGCAUGUUUUACCUUUCACGGAUGUUACAGUCCGUUUCCUAAUCAUACCAUUGGCUUUGUAAGCGCAAAUCUAACGACUGAAUACUGUGUGGAGUAUUGCUUGUACAUUGGUCGGGACUUUGCAGGAAUAGAACAUGGUAACUAUUGUCGAUGUGAUACGAAUUUUACAUUAUUCGGAGACCAUGGUUUCGAACACCCAUUGCCAUCAGGAUGUGAAGGUACAACAAGUGCAACAUUACAUUUUAAAGGUGGCCAUAUAAUUCAUAAUGUCAACGCUUGUGGAAAUAAUACUUCAAUGACGUGCGAUGGUGUUGAUGUAAUAACAAACUGUUCAGAUCAUUGUCAAAAGUUUAGUAGCAAGGACCCGGUUCCUGCAUCGAUUCAAACGCCAGGAAAAGACAUAUGUGGCUGUUCAGAAGAUGAAAAAAUUCCUGAAGAAAUUGUUCCAACUCAAGAUACAGAAAAUUGCACACACCUAAUAAUGAAAUUUUAUCAAUUCACAAGAUGGUACUUGCGUAACACCGAAACCAGCGCAGGAACAACAUUUUCCAAUAUUUUCACCACUUUUACUGAAGAGAUAACUGAAUCGACAACAACAAAAACAGAGGAAGAAACGACGUUAUCCUCUGAAACUACACAAGACAGUCAUUUUACUACAAUAGCCAUUGAAUAUGGUACUGAAAUAAUAACGGAAUCAACUGAACAUUUUUCUAACUCGAGCUUUUCUACCGUGGAUAACGUUCUGAGAUCAACCGAGUUGCAACAACAGGAGAGUUCAAGUGCAGAACCUGUUUGUCAUUGUCCUUGUUCCUCGGUGUCUUCUAAAUGGGAUUUUCUUAACGGUUUAAAUCUGACUAAGAAAGAACUCGAAGUUUACUUGAAAGAGGAACUAGCUAACCUACGAGGAAAUUUAACAAUUGAUCGAAAAGGCACCUCCGCUUUUAAGAACACUAAGAUAUCUGCAUCAGACAGUCGUCCAUCAUCGGCUGCUGUAGGUGCACUUGGUAUAAUACUCUUAACGGUUAUCUUCGGUCUUAUCAUAAUAUCUGAUAUUUUGUCCUUCUUCAGAAGUCGAUCAUGGACCCCUGGUAGAAAGGAGCCUUAAAGAUCAUUCGUUUUACGUAUUGCAUCAUCAGUGGCGAUAUUUGUUUCUUCGGUAUUGUCAAUUGAACUGCUUGUUGAUAUCUUCCAUAUGCUUUUCAUUAGAAUGCAGAUAUUGAGGAUUUUUCUUAUUUUUGUUUAUAUGGUGGUGCCAUUGAUUUGAGAAUUGUAAUUGUAAAUCAUAAUUUUUUUUUAUGUACGUUGUUUUAUUACCUUUUGUUAUUCCACUGAUUUCAAUCAUAAAUGUUUGUUUUGGAGAUAAAAAAAAAACGACGCUACACUUUCAUGUGCAAGUUCGGAACCUCCGAAAUAGCUUUUUUUUAAUGGAUAUUAUAUAUAGAACCUUGGGGGUUUAUAGCAAAAACGUGACCCCCUUAUAACACUUUUGUACAAUUUACACCAACGUCUCAACAAAGACAUUUGAUUUUCUUUAAUUAUGUUUGUUUUGCAAGUAUGGUUGUUAAAAUAAAAUAAAAAAUACAUUGCUUUACCAUU